GACCGCAGUUGCUCGGAAACCCGAAGCCAUCGCGUCGCUCAUGCACAUGGCGUACCUGUAGCCGUCGACUCGAACCCAGCACCGCCCGCCGUCCGCUCAGCAACAUCGUAUGGCCUUGGAGGGACCUUAGUUCAUUCGCUUACAAGCGAUGGCACCCUCGCAACCCCGUAAACUGACCAAGCAUCACCUACAACCAACACUGCGGGGGCCACAGCGGACAUUGGACGGCAGCGACGACAGGCAAGUUCAACAGGCUGGCCGGUCUGCCACCAACCUCAACGCUCAAGCCUCUGCACAGUCGUUGCGCGAGGCCUUACGCCCCAGUUCGCGAGAAGCCUCUCGGGAAGGCCGAAGGUCCAGCAACGGGCGGGCGAAGGUUUCAACAGCACAAGCUGCGCCAUUGGAUGGUCCUCGACCCGAGCCACGACGGCAACACUCAGGCCUUUCACCAUAUGCUCCGCCCAUACCUUCUCCUCUGGGUCCCGUCGCCUCGAACACCACUGCGGAGUCGGGUGUGCGAAAGAAUAGCGGCUCGAGCACAGCCAGCUCGUCCGAAGGGCUGUCAAUACCUUAUCGAAACGUGGCCCUGAUACCCGCCACAGAAGAUGUAUCAUACAAUGGACCGCACACACCGCCACGACAAGCUGUCUCGGCUACAGAGAUGGCACAUCAGGGGUCGUAUUCAACAUUGUCACAUCCCACUCCCAGAGCUGUGCAAGAUCUCGGAACAGAUUAUACGCGCUACUACAAUCCAUUCGCUACCAGGUCGAACUCGGCGAAUACUUCUCAGCAUGAUCUGCCUGCAUGUGCUCCGCCAGCAGUACGGUUACCAACGUUCGGCUCGUCCGACCACCACCUUGCGCCUGCCAAGACAAAAUCAUCCGCAGAGCUGUCGAAUCGAUCGUCGGUGCAGUCGAACCCCUUCAAAGACGACCACCGCGUGUCACUCGCUUCACUUCGAGAGGCCAAUGAGGAUACACCGACAUCUGAUCAACCGGACGCAGAAUCCGCAGAUCCUGUUACCACAGCAGCUCCAGUGGCCAUCACUCGAGCGGCGACGCCGACCUUUAUACACAACGCAGACCCCGAGAAAGCGGCCUUCAUACCCCACUUCGUGGAUGAUCGACUCGGCGCUCCGUACGUACUUUACAUGGAUGAAAAAGAGGAUGAUGACGAUAUGCACAUGCCUGCAUGGGACGAUGAUCGACGAUACAAGCUCACUCUUCGAGAACGCUUUUCCAGAGAGAACAUCGUCAACACUAUCGGCAUUGUUUUCUUGCUCACCGGGCUCUGCACAAUCUUCAUUGUCUUGCCCGUUGUUUCGUUCCUCGGGACGAACCUCAUACCAUACACGUAUGAAACUCCGCUAGACCAGAUGCCGGGCCACACAAAACCAGAGCCUUGGGCUCAUGUCAACGAUGAGGUAUACCCGUUGUUGAAGAACAUGAGGCGUGGCCUCAUUGAUCCAGACACCCCGGCUUCAGCAAUGACCCGCCAAAGUGUCAAUGGCGAUACUCUGAAGCUCGUUUUCAGUGACGAAUUCAACGUAAAGAACAGGACCUUCUACGAAGGUGACGAUCCGUACUGGUUCGCACCCGACAUCUGGUAUGGAGCCACCAAAGACCUCGAAUGGUAUGACCCGGAUGCUGUCAACACAGGUGACGGCAGUCUACAGCUUCAACUUGAUGCCUUUCGCAACCAUGACCUCGACUACAGAUCAGGCAUGUUGAAUUCUUGGAAUCAGCUGUGCUUCAAAGGAGGCGUCUUCGAAGUUUCGGUCAGCUUGCCAGGACCUGCUGGUAUCCACGGCCUGUGGCCGGGUGUCUGGACCAUGGGUAAUCUCGGAAGGCCUGGCUACCUCGCAUCGACUGACGGUAUGUGGCCGUAUACCUACAGCGACUGCGAUGUCGGCAUCACUCCCAAUCAGUCAUCACCGGAUGGCAUCAGCUUCUUACCCGGACAGCGCUUGCCGAGUUGUACUUGUCACAAUGAAGAUCAUCCAUCACCUGGGACUGGCCGCGGUGCGCCUGAGAUCGAUAUCAUCGAAGUCAGUGCAGACUGGGGCAGUCUCAAUUUGGGGGUGGCCACACAAUCAUAUCAGGUGGCGCCGUUCGAUCUUUUCUACUACCCCAACUACGACUUCAUGGAGAUACCAGAGUACAACUUCAGUAUGGUCAACACCUACACCGGCGGGCCAUUCCAACAAGCCAUAUCGACUGUGACUAUGCUCAAUAACGACUGGUACGACGGCAAGGCGUUCCAGAAGUUCGCGUUCGAAUAUGAGCCAGGGAGCGGCGAGGAUGCUCAUGUUACCUGGUUCGUGGCUGAUGACGAGAUGAUGGGCUUCGAUGGUCGAGCGAUUGGGCCGAACGGCAAUAUCCAGCAACGACUGGUCGCUGAAGAACCAUUGUCGAUGAUCUUGAAUCUUGGCUUUUCCCAUAGUUGGGUCGCCAUCGACCAAGCCAACCUCAGGUUCCCAACUAUUAUGCGCGUCGACUACGUCCGAUGGUAUCAGAACACCGACGCCGACUCGAGUCAUGAGGUGACCUGUGACCCGAAAGGAUACCCAACCACGGAAUAUAUUGCGCGGCACCCUGAAGCCUACCGCAACGCGAACCACACGUCCUGGAAGGACGCCGGCUAUCAAUGGCCAAAGAACACACUCAUGCAUGGAUGCAAUGCAUAGUCUUGCUCGCUUGGAAACCAUGUUCGACAUGUUACCACUGCUUUGAUCGAGGCGCACAUUUGUACGGUGCACAUUUCUAUGCCGCACAGGCUUUAUUCGUGGAUGGUCAGCGCAUAUGUGUACCAAGCCAUGUUGUGAAGGGGGCAACAUCUCGAUGAGACAUCUGGGCUCAGCGGCCGUGAGCUAGGCGCUUUGAUUCGGAGACGAUGGGAUCGGGAAAGGCUGGGAGCAUACCAGUACAGGGCAUGCUGAUCACACACAGUUGUUCAAUCCAGGCA